AUGCAUUUCAGUAAAGAAUUAUCCUUCAAGCUUGGGGAGGCGGAAAUAAGGCCAGUGGGAGUCGAAAUAAAAGGGCUUGGUGACAAGAAUGACGAAAGGGAUGGCACAACCAGCAACGACAUUCGUUCAACAAACAACAGUCAAGAAACUGCCGGACAAAUGUUAAGCCUCACAGGAAGCAGGUAUAAAAAUAUCAGGUAUAGAAAAUCUAUUUAUCGCAGGGGAAAUACUAAAAGAUCGGAGGUGACUUGUCUCGACCACGUUCAAGACGAACAAAAGACGUUGCUACCAUGUGACGCGACUGGUCCUGGUGUGUCGAAAAACAAGCAUGUGCGGAAAAGUUCAAGAAAUGGAAAACUUGAAGAAUGGGUUCGGACGCAUGAAAGAGCUAAAGGUAUAAUAAAGAUCGAAGGUGAAAGGAAGACCCUUGAAGCUAAAAAAUCAGAUGAAAACGAUCAUAUUUACAAAUGGCUAAACGGUCUUCGAGAGGAUGAUUCUAAUUACAGACCAAAUAAAUUCACCAAAAUAAUCGAUCAAUUUCAUUAUGUCAUUUCUCCUUCCGACAAUCGCAUUUGGUUGACUUUGACACACAACAACUUGUUCAGUGUUCAUAAUGUUUUGUUCUUGUUUCCAAUGUAUACAACCCCAUUUGAAAGUCUUACGCAUCUUGACAUUUCUCAUAACCGACUUUCUUGGAUACCCGCGCGAAUAGGACAACUCGUCAGCCUCAGAUAUCUCAACUUGUCUUAUAACCUCAUAGAGGAGCUUCCAUGCCAGAUAGCUAUAAAAAUGAGUGGAUUACAACAAUUGGAUGUUAGCAAUAAUCCUUUGGCCAAGCAAACGGGAACAGAAAAUCGUUUAGAGCUUUCCUACUCGACCAAUUCGGCCGUUCCCAAACUUUCUGAAUUGUGUUAUCGUGAAUAUUUGAACCGUCGUAAAGAGUUUUUGAAUUCGAAAUAUGUGACUAAACGAAAAUAUUUAACAGAAGCAGUUCGAUCAACUUUAUUACAGCCGAAUAAACGCGUGUGCUCUACCUGCGAUUGUUUGCACACGGAAUAUGCAGCGACGUUGCUCCAUUUUACAUGGGUUUGCUUAGUGCCAGAUGUACCCCUGAGGAUCGCGGGUAUACCUGUGUUCCUUGUCAUUUAUACCGUGCUUCCCAGUGCCAUUUUCACGGCGCGACAUAGAAGCCGAAAAGGUAACUGGUACAUUCCCCCUGAACCCACGGAUGAGUCUCCUUCAAUGCAGGCAAAAUUGCUCCUACUGAAUAGUUUGGCGGUGCUAUUUACCAUUAAAUACAUUGCGCAAUAUAUUUUUGGACACCCCAACCCGGAGAUCUUUGUCACAGGAGCUUUAUUGACAGUAGUUCUGAUAACUGUGGUGAUAUAUCACUUCGAGAACAUAGGAGUCGUUAAACCCGCAAUUCCCCUCUCAGUCCUGUGGGGAACAACAACGCUCACCACAUUGUAUUAUACAACUUCUACUCACGACAUCACCCACGAAAUAUACUUGAUUUCUAGUUUAUUAAUGUUCAUGUUGGAAUGGGCAUCACCACGUUCGUCGACUACACAGACUUCCUCUAAUCCCGUCUAUGUUCCUGUCAACGAUGAAGCCGAAGAAAUAUUGGAAAAUUAUUAUGUCCCGGGAAAAUACCUGCAUUUCCUUAGAAAGAAUAGAAGAAUGUUGAAAAAGGAAGCACGAGAAGAAUCUCAUUUCGGAAAAGAGCCCGUCCAAAGAAUUUCUGCUCGGAAAGCCCGUGCACCGAAUCCUGUGAACACCAAAGAGGAAAUACUCCACAUUAAUGGCGAAGAAAUUAAGACGUCUACGGUGACUCAAAAUUCUUCGCAGCUUAAUCUUUCGCGGCGACUAAACCGUGCGAUCAUCAAGUGUAAUGACCGUGUACCACAUGCCUUCCUAGGUUCUACUUUUAUGAGGAUUACCAAUAUUUUGGUAUCGCCGAAUUUAAAAGUUGCCCGGAUUUGGUGGAAGCCCGAAGGGCAGAAAGGGAUUAGUAAGGUACAAUCUCGUGCAUCACUAUUCGUCUUAAACGUGUUUGGCUGCAAGAUUCAUAAUGAUAUCUCAUUGGAUUCAAGACCGCCAAAAAUUAUCUUUACCCGGGAAGAUUCACAAUUGGAUGACAUAAAUAACAUUUUAGAUCAGAUCGAGAAUGAUUUUAAGAAACGGGAAGACAUGAGGCUUAAACAAGAAUCAUCCGACAACUUUUUUUUAGAAAAUGAAGGAUCGAAGUAA